UCGCGCACUGACUCUGAACCGUUAUUGUUCUAUUGACUGGCUAAACAACAUCCUUGAGACGUUCCGGCAGAUAUGGAAAAAGAUGCAAGACCCAACUGGGACAGCCCCAUGCAGUUUAUACUAGCAUGUGUAUCAUAUGCAGUCGGGUUGGGAAACGUGUGGCGCUUUCCAUACCUCUGUCAAAUGCACGGUGGAGGGGGGUUCUUGAUUCCAUAUUUUGUCAUGCUGUUGUUGGAGGGUGUGCCCCUGUUCUACAUGGAGCUUGCCAUUGGUCAGAAGAUGCGUCUGGGUAGCAUUGGGGCCUGGACUGCCAUCAGCCCUUAUUUGGGAGGCGUGGGUCUUGCUAGUGUUGUGACAUCCCUGUAUCUGUGUCUCUAUUACAACGUCAUCAAUGCAUGGAGUUUCUGGUACCUCUUUCAUUCAUUUCAAUCUGUCCUUCCCUGGGCAGAGUGCCCCAUCAAUUCCAACCGGACAGCACCUAUAGAGGAGUGUCAAAGGGCUACACCCACCCAGUACUUCUUCUACAGGGAAACAUUGGACAUCUCCUCUUCAAUUGAAGAGAAUGGAGGGAUUCACACAGGCCAGGCAUUGUGCCUCCUUCUUGCCUGGGUGAUUACUUACCUGUUCAUUGUCCAAGGAGUAAAGUCAACUGGGAAGGCGGUGUAUUUCACAGCCACAUUUCCAUAUGUGGUCCUCUUUAUCUAUCUGAUCCGGGGUGUCACUCUUCAUGGUGCCUUCAACGGUGUCAAAUACAUGUUCACACCCAAGAUGGAACAGCUUGCCAACCCCACUACAUGGAUCAAUGCAGCCACUCAGAUCUUUUUCUCUCUGGGUUUGGGUUUCGGGUCACUCAUAGCUUUUGCCAGCUACAACCAAUACAACAACAACUUCGAGCGCCAGGCCAUCAUUGUUUCCCUUAUCAACAGUGGAACCUCUGUCUUUGCCAGCAUUGUCACCUUUUCCAUUUAUGGGUUCAAGGCCACCAUCAACUAUGAGGACUGUCUAGAGAGGACUCGUGUGCUGCUUCUGAAUGCCUUCAGUCUAGCAGAGGACAGCAUCACUUUGGACAAUGUCUUUGAGUGGAUUGAAAAACUAAACACAACAUACCCACAGCAGUUUGCUGAACUUGCCAACAAACUGGAAAACUGUGACCUGGAGAGUGAACUAGACACCGCAGUAGAAGGGACAGGUCUGGCCUUCAUAGUAUACAGUGAAGCCAUUAAGAACAUGCCAGUAUCUCAGGUGUGGUCAGUGCUGUACUUCAUCAUGCUUCUGCUGCUAGGAAUGGGCAGCAUGCUGGGCAAUAUCACUGCCAUUAUCACCCCGCUACGAGACUUCAAGCUCAUAUCUCGCAUGAGCAAUGAGAUGUUCAAUGGUUUAGUGUGUUUGUUCUGUCUACUGCUUGGCCUGGGCUUCACCACCACAUCAGGGAAUUACUGGUUUACCAUGUUCAAUGACUAUGGAGCCACUUUUUCCCUGCUCUUCAUUGUCCUCAUCGAGGUCAUAACUGUCAGUUACAUCUAUGGAAUCAGAAGAUUUGAAAAAGACAUAGAAGACAUGCUUGGCCAUCGUCCCAACUGGUAUUGGAAGAUCAUGUGGGCAGGAGUUAGUCCCCUUCUCCUUAUCACCCUCUUCAUCUUCUACAUCGCCAAAUACAUCCAGGGAGGGACACCAACCUAUUACGCAUGGAACAAAGAACUGGGAAAGUCAGUGGAGACCGAGUAUCCUGUUUUUGGUCAAGUCUUCAUUGGGCUGCUGCUGGUGUCAUCAGUCAGCUGUAUUCCCCUCACAGCUAUGUAUGUGUUCUGCAGGAAGAGGAAACAUGGCCAUCACAAGAGGCAGCGUACUGUAAGCACAGUAUCAUCUUAGUUAGCAGGUGAUAAUAUAGCGCACAUUUACUGAGAUUAACCUCCUACCAUCACUAUCUACAUAGCUCUGUCCUCCAACACACCAACAGUCCUUCACUUCUCAUGUACAACACGGAAUAACAGAACAUUGUUUUCCUCGUCUUCUUUCACAAAAAAUGUUCAUACAAAAAUUGAAAACAAGGAUAUCA